AUUUUAGCAUUCAGAAGACAGAUGUUUACAGGGAAGUACAUUUUAUCACCCAUGGUGCGGGUAGGAGGUUUGCCAUUCAGACUUACAUGCUUACAUUAUGGAGCUGAUUUAGUUUAUGCUGAAGAGGUCAUUGCACAUCGCUUAUUGAAGUCUACUAAGGUAAUCAACGAGACCCUUGGAACAGUUGAUUUUCUUGAUGAAGAUGGGGGAGUUUGUUUCCGAACGACAUCUGAGGAAAGUGACAAAGUAUUUUUUCAAAUGGGAGUCAGUGAUCCUGAGGUAGCUGCUCAGGCUGCUCUCAUGAUCGAACCUCAUGUUGCAGGUAUCGACGUUAACAUGGGCUGCCCCAAGGACUACUCCAUAAAAGGGAACAUGGGGGCUGCCCUCCUCUCUCAACCUGAUCUCAUCAAGAAGAUACUGUGUAAACUGGUUUCUGUUUGCUCCAAACCAGUUACUUGCAAAAUCAGAAUACUUAAAACUGAGGAAGCAACAGUGGCGCUGUGUAAAGAGAUAGCAAGUACGGGGAUUGCAGCUCUCACUGUACACGGCAGAACCAGAUACACUCGCUCAUCGCACGCCUGUAAUUACGAUAUUAUCAAGGCAAUCAAGGCACAGAUUACUAUUCCUGUUAUACUGAAUGGAGCUUCACUUGAUAUCACUAAUAAAGGUGACAUGACUGGGCUGAUGAAGGAGACAGGAGCGGAUAGUAUAAUGGUGGCGCGCGCCGCCUGGUACAAUCCCUCUAUAUUCAGGGAUCCUGAACCAGCUCCUGUUAGAGAGGCAGUUCAGACGUUUAUGAGGUACUGUAUAGACUACAACUGUUCUCUUCACAUAUUAAAAUACACUAUGGGAAAAUUCCGAGGUGCUUUUAAAGAUGGUGCAACCAGUUUGGAGGUUACAAGACAUAUUGAAGCCAAGUUGAUAUACCAGUACUUCGGACUUGGGGAUUAUUACGACGAAGUGAAGAGUAGGAGAAGUGACAAUAUCCAAGAGGAGUUCCAGAGAAACAAACGUCAAAAGUUAGGACAAGAUUACAAAAUAUUGGAGGAAGAACUCACCCCUCCCAUUCUUCAGUCUUUCAGAAGCAAGAUAGCACCAAAGCAGAUAUUGAAUCAGUGGCUGGAAAUCAACGGUUUUACGAAACCAACAUUCUGGACAACUGAUUCCAAUAGGAUUUUUACUGGAUUCCUUAAAAUAGACAACGAUACUUUCGCAAUGGAAGGGAACUUUAAAAACAAGAAGACAGCAAUUCAGGCAGUGUCGUACGCGUACUGUAUGAAGCAAAAUAUUGAAUUGAGACAUUACAAAACGGGAUCAAGGACUAAAUGUGGUGAUUGUAAAUGUAAAUCGGAGGGAUAAAGAUAUUUUAUUAUUAAAACCGCGCCAGAAAUUUAAUUCUCUUGUUACAGAUUGGAUAAUUGUUAACCCC